UAAAAUGUCUUGCAACGUUAUCUACUUCUCAAUAACGCGCCUGCUCUUUGAAAGUUCAGUUGAGUGUACCUAGUGGUCUUAUAGAGAAAUUCCUCUUCCUCAGAUAUAAAACACAGGUAUUCUUCAUGGCAAUGUGAUGGGCUGUGAUAAUUUUUAUACAUAAACUCAUUUUACAUUACUUCUAUGGCGUUGAGCAAUAUGUAUACGCUCACCGCCCAUCAUACAUUCAGGGCUCUUCCCACACUCAAUACUGCAACAGCAGGAGCAGGGCUUGUGCUAUGUGGAGGUUCGAUCACAAGGAAUACAUUUAUUUUAAGGGGAAGAAAACGGGAUAACACAGGAAUGGUUGAUAAACUUCCCAAAUCCAUAAAUUCUUUUCGAUUGUUGGCCAGAAAAAAUGCUGGCGCAGGAACAUUCAAUAAUACAAACGAAUAUGUAGAGGAGGAACUGGAUAAAUUGCUUGAUGAGUAUGGUGAGAUUGUUUUCACAAAUCCUAACCAAAGGUCCCCUAGUGCAGAGUUAAAUGAUGAUGCAGAGAGCUUAUCAUUUGUUGUAGCUUUAGCAAAGGCUGCAGAUGAUAUUAAGGCAGUUGACAUUCAAGUUUUAUGCGUGAAGCGUCUUGUGUACUGGACAAGCUUUUUUAUCAUCGCUACAGCCUUUUCAAAUCCACAAAUUGAUGCCAUAGGGAAAAAAAUGCGUGAUAUAGCAGAACAGCAGUUUAAGAAAUUUCCUACAGGAGAUGUCAAACCUAAUUCCUGGACAUUGCUGGACUUUGAGGCAACCUACAGAAGUAAAGUGGAAGGAUUUCCACAAUCUAUACUUCCAUGCAUCAAGGUUCAACACUCAACCUGCAAAAUGAUCAGAAACAGACUGGAGGGAUACACAUGCUUUCCCAUAAAACAAAGCUACAUAAUAUGAUUUUCAUGGGGUUCUUUGCCUUAGAUGUCAUGAUUGAGGGAUAUCUCUUCCAUCAAAUUCACUUCAGGCCUGAACAUGACCUUGUCUAUUGGAGUAUUCCACACCCAGAAUUGGAUGUGAUAGUUGUUCAACAUUCAACAUUUAUACAUUUAAGUAUUUGGACAUUCAAACAUGUAACAUAUCUUUUAGGGAUUUGAAUAUGGAUCUCUGCUAUAAAAAUCCCUUGAUGUACCACUCGUGUUCAUCCCAUUUGACAGUCUUCCAUUUGCAUGAUUUAAUCAUUCUACAUGCCAAAAAGACUAUUCUUGCUCUACUUCAGAUGCCAAAUUGGUAUGCAUAUUGUAGCAAAGCAUUGGUCUCGGUACUGAUGCCUAGGGCCUAGGAACAUUUCUCAUGCUUAGGAAUAAGGUAGCUCAUUACAACUAUGCUUUAAAGUGGUGAUCUUGUAGUAAAUUUGACUCUUCCUAGGUUGUAGGAAUAUUUCUUAGGUCGUAGGAAUAUUUAUCUCUCCCUUCCUCUCACCAACUUGAAAGAAAAUUUAAUCAUCUAAUUGUUGCCUUGCUUUUUUAAAUGCAUGGCUGAUAUUCAUUGAAAUUUAUUUUGAAGGUUGUUUAAACUUUA